CUGCUGUAUGGAUAGCUAUUUCUGGCAACAUCCGGCUCACGAAGCAUUUCCUCAGGGCUCAGCCCUGGGGCCCUUGCUCUUUGUUCCCCACACUUCCCCUUCCCAAGUGCAUGGCCUCCCGCCCUUCCGGAGUGCCUCCCGAAGCUACAUUUCCAGUUUUCCAUCCUCCACGGCUGCGGACACCCCACCGGCACUUCAGUCAACACAUCCAAAGUGCCCCUCAUCCCCUGAAUCUGCGCACUGCUGCUGAGCGCUGUGGCAGAGGCCGUGGGUGAGCCCGCAGCACCCACUGCUGUUUCUUCACAGCAGGCUUCUCAUCCAUGCAGAGGCUGGAAAGCUGAAAGCGACAUUCCCCAAGCCCCCUUGCAGCUGGGGGUCAGAAUGGAUGGCCUGUGCCAAGCACCUGCCUGAGAUCGUCUUCUCCCUCCCUUUCCAUGUGCUCACCUGAAAGCUCAAGGUUCCAGAUGGAAGAACUAUUUCUCUCGAAGAAAUCUGAGAUGAUUCUGGCCCCCUCCAAACCAAGGUGAAUGAAGUUGGGUGUUGGAAGCAACGUUAGCAACAGACUUGAAGUGGACAAGAAGCCAGAAAAAGAGCAACAAGCUGCCUGGGGGACAGUGGGGAGGAGGUCUGCGUGGAAGGGUGAAGAUGUAUGUUGACCAUGGUGGAGAGGAUUAUAAACUGACUUGAUGCAGAUGAACUUCACAGUUUAAUUUGACAGAACUGGCCUUCCUCCAUCUCUGCUGCCUGUGAAUCACUGCCCAGCAGCCAGCUGCAAGGCCACAGGAGAGGAAGGGUGACUGGACUAGCCUUGGCCUGGGAAGUUUGAGGCUGGCCCUGUCAGAUGGAACCAGUGUCAUUCUCCCCUUGCUUCACAAGUGUUCUCUUUUGAUGCUUCCCUUCUUGGGGAAACUGGGAGGAGAGAGGGUGGAGGUGUUGUUUGCAUUAACAGAGUCUUUGUUUCAGCUCAGCCGGUCCCCAUACCCAGGCAUGCUUAGAUUUAUCAAGAAAAGUAGGGGAAACCAGAGCUCUAAGGUCGUCCGCAGGGCAGACUCUGGAGUGAGAUGACAGCUCCUGGAAACCAGAUUUCUCCAGCUUCUGAGGAGAAGCUGCCCUGACCGCCCCCAAAUGCCCAUGCUCACCUUCAAUCUCCAGUUUGUUGCAGCCAAAGCAUUGUUAAAUCCAAACUACGGGGCUGCCUACCUUGAGACUGUUCAACCAGCAUUCCCACACUCGGCCAUUCUCACGUGUGUUGGAGUUGAAGUCCAGUUGCAGUUUGGUGUCAGGAGAAUCUGGAGGCGCAUUUGUUCUUUCUUGAUAAGUUUUCAGGACAUCAACGGUCAGCCUUUCAGUGUUAUGAUGUACCCAGCUGGUCCAGGAUCUGGUGACUCCCCAGAAGGCUUCCCUGAACAACCAAGUCUCCAGCCACAAAUUGGAAAUCGCACAACUCAGACACUGGAUGCUUUCUUUACAUGUCGAAAAAAUGUCCUUCUGGCGAAGAGCUCAUCCUCCCAGGUAGAAGGCAACUUUGCCAUGGCCCCUCGGGGCCCUGAGCAGGAGGAAUGUGAGGGCCUGCUGCAGCAGUGGCGAGAAGAAGGGUCGAGCCAGGUACUCUCAACUGCAAGUGAGGGGCCCCUUGUAGAUAAAGGACUAGCCCAGAGCAGCCUGGCACUUCUGAUGGAUAAUCCUGGAGAAGAGAAUGCUGCUUCAGAGGACAAGUGGUCCAGCAGGCAGCUGAGUGACCUUCGGGCAGCAGAGAACCUGGACGAGCCUUUCCCUGAGAUGCUAGGAGAGGAACCACUGCCGGAGGUGGAGGGCCCUAUGUGGGCAGCUAUCCCCAUGCAGACGGACCCCCAGUAUGCAGACUGUGCUGUCCUCCCAGUGGGUGCCCUGGCCACAGAGCAGUGGGAAGAGGACCCGGCGGUGUUGGCCUGGAGCAUAGCACCUGAGCCUGUGCCCCAGGAAGAGGCUCCCAUCUGGCCCUUUGAGGGCAUGGGGCAGUUGCAGCCUCCCCCAAUGGAAAUACCAUAUCAUGAAAUUUUGUGGCGAGAAUGGGAGGAUUUCUCCACCCAGCCAGAUGCUCAGGGCCUGAAGCCAGGAGAUGGCCCUCAGUUCCAGUUCACUCUGAUGUCUUAUAACAUCCUGGCUCAGGACCUGAUGCAGCAGAGCUCAGAGCUCUAUCUACAUUGCCAUCCGGACAUCCUCAAUUGGAACUAUCGCUUCAUGAACCUCAUGCAGGAAUUCCAGCACUGGGACCCCGAUAUCCUGUGUCUCCAGGAAGUCCAGGAAGAUCAUUACUGGGAGCAGCUGGAACCCUCUCUGCGAAUGAUGGGCUUUACCUGUUUCUACAAGAGGAGGACCGGGUGUAAAACCGAUGGCUGUGCUGUUUGCUACAAGCCCACCAGAUUCCGCCUGCUUUGUGCCAGCCCUGUGGAGUACUUCCGGCCUGGCUUGGAGCUACUUAAUCGGGAUAAUGUGGGCUUAGUGUUGCUACUGCAACCACUCGUCCCAGAAGGCCUGGGGCAAGUGUCGGUGGCCCCGCUGUGUGUGGCAAAUACCCAUAUCCUUUACAACCCACGCCGGGGUGAUGUCAAGCUGGCCCAGAUGGCCAUUCUCCUGGCAGAAGUGGACAAGGUGGCCAGAUUGUCAGAUGGCAGCCACUGCCCCAUCAUCUUGUGCGGGGACCUAAAUUCUGUCCCUGAUUCACCUCUCUACAACUUCAUCAGGGAUGGAGAGCUCCAGUACCAUGGGAUGCCAGCCUGGAAGGUAUCUGGACAGGAAGACUUCUCUCAUCAGCUUUACCAGAGGAAGCUGCAGGCCCCCCUGUGGCCCAGCUCCCUGGGCAUCACUGAUUGCUGUCAGUAUGUCUCCUCCUGUCACCCCAAGAGAUCAGAGAGACGCAAGUAUGGUCGAGACUUCCUGCUACGUUUCCGCUUCUGCGGCAUCGCUUGUCAGCGACCAGUAGGAUUGGUCCUCAUGGAAGGGGUGACAGAUACUAAGCCAGAGCGACCUGCAGGUUGGGCUGAGUCUGUCUUUGAGGAAGACACAUCGGAGCUUGAGCCUGCCUCCUCCAGGACUGUAGGUACCAUCCAGCACUGCCUCCACCUGACCUCAGUAUAUACCCACUUCCUGCCCCAGCGUGGCCGCCCAGAGGUCACUACAAUGCCAUUGGGUCUUGGAAUGACAGUAGAUUACAUCUUCUUCUCAGCUGAGUCCUGCGAAAAUGGGAACAGAACUGAUCACAGGCUGUAUCGAGAUGGAACUCUCAAGCUCCUGGGUCGUCUCUCCCUUCUCUCUGAAGAGAUUCUCUGGGCUGCCAAUGGCUUACCCAACCCCUUCUGCUCUUCAGACCACCUCUGCCUGCUAGCCAGUUUCGGGAUGGAAGUCACCGCUCCAUGACGGGGCUCCCAGGGGAAGAGAGCUUCUCUUUCAGAAGAGCUCACUGGAUCAGAGACUGUGGAAAAAUCCCAUGCUUCUGGAAACUUAGAUCCAAGAAACUUACAUCCCCUCCCUUCCCCCUCCUUGUUCCCUUUUUCCCAUGGUUAGAUUUUCUCCAGGCCUGGCCGCGUUCUCUGCCUGUGGUCCUUGCCUCACCCCAACCUCUUCCUAAUCCUGUGCCACACACUCAGUGGCCUUGGGAGAGGCAGAAGGGGGGCUCCCCCUUCCUUCCAUGUAUCCAGAGCUCCCCCUUGAUUUUUAAUUACCAGGGUUGUGGGAGUUAUUGAUUUCAUUGGUUAUUUGCUUUCAGGCUGUUUCUUGGUGUACCUUCUGACCUGACCUUUUCCCUGCCUUCAGGACCUCUGGGCCCAGCCCUCUUGCCAGGCAUGCACAUGUGAGAUAUGCAUAUCAUGUAUGUGUCCUCUUGAGGUGAGACUGUUCUGCACAGCCAUGCCUGCCUCUGACCAGUCCACUUUUCACAUUGGGGUUGUAGGCCUAGGAGCAGGUUCAGAGUCUUCCCAAGUACCUGUGUAUGACUAGGCAGCAGCAGGGCAUGGCCCCAUCUCUCCUUUUAACCUCUGUGUUUCAUUAGGCAUUCAUCCUGCCAACCAGGGCAGGCCUGGCAUCUGGGCUCUGGGAACAAAUGGGGCCCACAUCCUGGAGUGGCAAAUUUUGGGGGAUGCGCUACUUGUCCCAGCGGGCCCUGUGCCUCCAACCCAGAGCUCCCUACAGACCUGGUGUAAUUUCUCAAGGGCCCAUCCCUUUCCCCAGGCUUCCCUGAGGGAGGUGGAAGUUUGAACCCUUAUGUGGAGUUCAUUGGGCUAGGGUAGUGGUAUGAGGUUUAAAACUAUUUAAGGAUGAGGAGGAGAAAGAGUCUUCAGGAAACUCUUGUUUCACUGGACUCUGCAGUCUGCAGAACUGGGGCAAGGGUAGGAGUUCCAGUAGGGGAAGGAGCAGGUAGACUCUGCAGCUGCCUCAGGUGGGACUCAAGACCUAAACUGAUUCUCUUUUCCUCUCCACUUCUAAGAAGCAAUUUUCUGUUCCUCUCCUCCCACCACUUUUUACUUUCUGCUACCUCCCGUCUCCCGCUUCCCUUCCAUUUCCUUUCUAGAAAACCCUGGUAUUCAACUCAGUCCAAACUGCCUCAGCAGAAAGGUGGCCUUGGACAAAAUUGGUCCAAGAAUUUGAAGUGGCAGUGUUUGCAGAUUGGCUCUGUCCAGCAAGGCUUUAGCUGCUUGUUGCCUCUGCUUUCCCUCCCCUCACACAGAGGUGCCCUGGCUUAUUCAGGGGACUCCUUAGUCCACACUGUGUCACCUGCAUGCCUUAAUCUUUCAUUGCUGGGGUGUGGCCUUGGGAGAUCCUGGGCCAGCCCCUCCACACAUCUCCCUAAGUCAGAGUGGCUGCUGGCCCUGAUAGAUUUGAGUGCUUUUGCCUCACUCGACCUUCAGAGUGGGACUGAAGACAGUGGCCAAGAGACUUGAGUUUGGGACAGUGAGCCAGGGGUUAAGGUUCUUUCCUUUUUUUGAAAGCCAAAGACCCAGUUUGAAUUGUGCUGCUGCAUUCAUGAUUAGAAGCUUUCCAUGCCUAUGUUCUAGGGAAUUUAUUUUUCUAUGUGUGUAUAUUUUUAAACUUUGUUUCCUGGGUACUGGGCAUGUGCCUGUCUGAGCCCCAGGUCUGUCUACACCCCACCAUUCAUUCUGUCUGUCCGUCCCCUGGACACUGCCUAAAAGGGUCUCAAGCCAGUGCCCUAUGGGUUCCUAGGACUAGGGCCCGUUACUGUUCUCUUCUGCUGGGAAAUGCAGCUUUAAAAUGGCUAGCGAGGGCAGAGGGCAGGUGCUUGAUAGUUUAUCUUUUCCUUGCUUUCUUACUUGUUUCUGUUUUGAAUAUGAAAUGGGGUUUUAAAUGGUUAUUAAACUCUUUUUCCAAAUAAAGGUUUACCUUUUUUCCCCCC